AUGGCGUCUCUGCCACAACAGCGCCCCGCGUCCCAGCGCAGACGCUCGCCUUCGCCCCAGUCGUCUUCUCACCAACAAGAAGCAGCGCGGUCAAGCAGUGUCUCAGACCAAUCCGUCGACUCGCAAACGCUCCUUCCCAACUCGCCACCUGCUCAGUCAGCAAAGCCCGCGCCCGAAGCGCAGCAAGAAGCGCCUCCACAACACCUUCCCCCACAAGAAGACGAUGAGCCGCGCAGGUGCUGGAUAUGCUUCAACGACGAAACUGAGGAUGAUGCGACAACAUCGGAAUGGCGGUCGCCGUGUCCCUGCGUGCUGGUCGCACACGAGAAGUGCCUGCUGGACUGGAUUGCAGACAUGGAGGCGCCAAACUCGCGACGGCGCGCGGGGAAUCGCGUCAAUAAGGUGUUGUGUCCGCAGUGCAAGGCUGAGAUCAAGUUGCAGCGGCCAACCAACUACAUUGUUGAGGCAGUGCGACUGGGGGAGCGCUUCACAGGCUCCUUGCUGUUGCCUGGCUUCGCCUUCGUCACGGGAACGGCCCUGUAUUCGACCUUGACGCUGGCAGGAACACAUACCAUAUACCAGAUAUUUGGCCCCGGGGAUGCCGCCCAAAUACUGCGACCACUGUAUGAAGUGCCAAAUCCGCAGUUAACCACUGCGACCAUGAGGCUGCUUGAACACGUGCGACAGCAUUGGAGGUUGGACAUUGGCCUGCCUCUUAUACCAACCGUCCUUGUGGCAAGCAGAACAACACUCGCAGACUCCUUCCUACCCUUCCUACCUCUCAUCUUUUUCGUCAGUUCUGGACAGCCGGGCGACGACAUGCUGCAACUGCAAUGGCCACCGAGCGCAGCCUUCUCCUUUGCCGCCCUGCCCUACCUACGAGGCUUAUACAACGCCUUUUACGACCGUGUCUGUCUGCCACGCGAGCAAAAGUGGCUAAAAGAAAUCCAGCCACGCGCCGGCACAGACGACGCCGCAGAACCCCAAGUCGUGAUCGAAGACGAGCUCGGCCACGUACACGACCACCUCCCCGAUGAUGCACACAUCGUAGACGUGGAAGUAGAUUUCGACAUCUUCGCAGACUGGAACGGCAACGCAGCAGACGACCACGACCACAAUCACGACCACGAUCACGACCACGAUCAUCCUCCCGUCGCACAUCCGAUCAACGCACCACCCAUGGAUGACGACGCUGAAGUCCCACAACCCCUGAACAUCGAUCACGUUGCACCCGCGCCCAACGUCCGCGUCCAACCACAACAGCGCCCUCGCCCUCGCGUCCGCCGCGAGCGCAACAUGACAUUCAGCACCACAUCCGUCGCCGACACCAUUCUUGGCGCCCUUAUCUUCCCAAGCAUCGCCGCUGCGAUGGGCGAACUGCUCAGGUAUACACUACCCACAUCGUGGGUCUUGCCGCCAUCAGGCGCGUCUGCGUCGUCAUGGCUGGGCGGAUGGGCACGUGUCGGCGGGAAAGCGGGCAAACCCACGGGUUUUCUGCAGACGAGGUGGGGGAGAAGUCUUGUUGGAGGGUGUUUGUUCGUCGGGCUGAAAGAUGCGGUGCUGUUGUAUGUGAGGUGGAAGGUUGCGCAGAAUCAUAGACGGAGGACGAUCUUGAAUUGUAAGGAGGGGGUUGGGAAGAAGGGGAGGGGGGCUGCGUGA